AUGGUCAUUGCCUUGGAUAUUGAUUAUCCGGGCUCACAGAUAGCAAGCUUUACGGUCUGGCAGCCGGAAAUUUCUUGCGUGGAUGGCGCAAAGGAGCUCCGCGCAAAGGCUGUGAUAGAAGCCGAGGUAUGUCUUCUCCCCGGUAAGCACAAGCAAGAAGCUUAA